CACGCCAAGAGCAUAUCGGGGUCAUGGAACGUGUUUGAAUUUCGAAACACGUCCCGUCCAAUGCGGUGCGCUCGUAUUCACUCUUUUAUCAUUGGUUAGGGCAGCCCCGUACUAAAGUUGCUCGAUGGUCGUAAAAUCGAUACUUGCUUGCAUGGUUUUCUUGUGAAAGAGCGAUACUGUCGUUAUUUUGGUAUCACUUUGGAGUUCGGUAGUACACGGGUUGCUGUAGAGAGAGGUUCUUUUACGUUAUUCGUGCAGCCAUUCUGUGUGGUAAAAUGUCUGGAGUUAGAGUGUUGGUGACUUUUUAAUUCGUUUUCUAUAGUAUAACCAAGUUUUUGGUGGCAAAAUAGCCGGAAAUUAGAAUGAUGCAACAGCAAAUCACUGAACAGAAUCAGGCAGGGUGUCAGCCCGGCCAACAGCAGAUGGUCCUCUGCCCUGUCAGAGUGGUCUACGAGACACAAAUGCUGGUGCAACCAGGAGAGCAAUUACAGCCGAACCAGACAAUAUUUAUAAAUCCUCAAAAUACACCACCAUGGGUACAAAACAGACAGAUGCAGAACCAAGUCAUAUACGUCCAGUCCGUGCCAAACAAUUAUAUGCCUUCUGUCCAACCGCAAAUGGAUCCAAAUCAGUUGUACUUCCAGCAAUCUUAUCAACAAAUUGUACAGCAACCAAUGAUUCACCAAGGCCACGACAUGAGACAGUACCAAGUUAAUAUGAUGCCUAAUAAUAUAGCUCAAAAUGCCCAAAAUAUAGUUCCUAAUAUGCCAAAUCAAGUCGUACAACAAACUAUUCAACAAAAUGAGAGGGUAAAUGAACCUAAUUACAUUCAAAUACAACAAAACGUUGCUCCAAAUACGCCAAUCACAAGUGUUAAUUCUCCACAAAUCGUUAAACAACAUAAUGUAAACGUUCAAACAAUUCAAAAUCAACAAAUAGUCAAUCAGAGGCAAGUUUACUUAAAUCAUAGUCAACAGAAUAAUCAACAAGUAAAUAUGACCAGACCACAACUUAUCACAGUAAAUCCAAUGCAACAAGUAAACGUUCAAACAUUUGACAAAACUCAAAACAGCAAUGCACCUGCAAAUACACAAGUUAUGGCUCCGAUGUAUCAUAAUACUGUUGCUAGUAGACAAAUAGUAAAUACAAUGGUACAAACAGAACCAAGAAUGAGAAAAACUAAUCCAAAUGUGACUCAGAUCGCGACAAAUGUAAGAAAUGUUGCCCCAAGUUAUAUGUACAGACCUAUACAGCCAAGACCUCAGUACAGAGCUAACUUGGCAAACAUGAGUGUUCAAAAUACAAUGACAAAUGUUCAAAACACAACACCGCAAAUACCAAACUUAAUGCACAUACAAGCAGCGCCGCAAAACACAAACCAUGAAGUUAGAAAAACAAAUGAGGAAACAAGGGGUAGGAAGAGAAAAAGUGAAUCCCCAGAUGAAUUGAGUAAAAAAGUUGCGAUUGUUAAUACCAAUACAGCGUUCACUUUAAAUCCAGUCAGAAUACCACAAGCUCCGGUUUUAAAUCCCGUCAAAUCUGUUGAAAUAGGUGUCAACACAAGCCCUGUGCAUAGACCUAAAGCACCUAUUACAACACAUGUAGCCAGCGAUUCUAAAGUUACAAUAAGUAUUAGUAAAAUCAAUAAUAAUGAUAGUGUAAAAGUGAAUGAAACAGUCAGAAAAACUGACAACAUCGCUACUGAUAAAGACAAAGAGAUAAAAGCUAUUCUAGAAACAAAUGCAGCAGACAAAGUGAGAUACACAGUAUUUCCUCAAGCUAGAGUAAGACCUCCUAAAGAUGAAUUUAAUAUAGUAAAUGUCAAUAUACUAAAGGACACAAAAAAUAUUCUAUACAGUGACGAGAAAAAUGAAAUCAAAUUAGAAAGCAAGAAUUUACUGAAAGAAAAAAUAUUGAGCAGAACUGAAGUUAAGAAGGAAAUUGAAGAUAAAAGCGAAAUAAGUGUUGGUUUAAAUAAUGAAGAAUUAAAAAAAGAAGAAAUGAAAACAGAAGGUGUCAAAGAUAAGAAAGAUCUUAAAGAUUAUGUACUUACACAUGUUUUAGAUGGCAUUGUUAUUCAAGAAUCUAAUACUGCGUUUCCGAUACGUGAGCCAACGAAGACUAAUGCGAGCCCGGAAAUGAAACGUGACAUUGUCAAAGUGGAUAGUAUGCUGAAGGGAAAUUGUCUGGAAUUGCCAAUAUCUGACCUGAAGCUCAAAGAAGAAGACAGGUUGAAGGAAGAAAAAGAUAAUCCAUUUAUUGAUCUGAAGACUGCUACUAUAAAAUCCUGGACGGUCGACGACCUCUGUUCACACUUAACGAAAUACAAGUGGGACGACACAAUCUCCUUGUUACAAGAACAUGAAAUAGACGGAGAAUCCUUACUCCUGGUCUCGAAGCCACAACUCCUGCACAUAGGUGUGAAAGAGAAAUUCGCUGAUAUAAUUUGUGAGUUUGUCAAAAGUUGAUGCGGACGCGGUGUUGACAGUGACAGUGACGUAUCAGACGUAAACUUGAACAGUGGCGCCCUUAACUAAAAUAAAUUAUUUAUUUAAAUAUAAAGUUUAGUUUUAAGUCUUGCAAGUGUAAAUAAUUUUAGUUAAAUUUUUUAACUUCACCGAUUAACUUUACGGGGGUGACAUAGUCACUGCGUGCGUGAACCUUUAAAUCAAUAAAGGAAAAAAAAACUUCACCGAUACAAAUAAGUACCAAUUUCUCAUAACUAUAUCAUAAGAGAGCAUUCCGCUCGAUGUCUUUAGGCAAAGUUUUAUGAUCUGGAUCCCUUUAUGCUGUUGACUGUACUUUUAAAAUGUAUUUUAUUCAGUGACGAAUUAAUAUGAAUUUUAAUAUACAUAGCUAUGUAUUUAAUGUAAAAUGUAAAAUAAGUAUUUAUAAAUGGCAAUAUUAUUUUUAAAUCAAUCGUAAUUCCUUGUAAAUGUAAUAAAUAUUCGAAAUCA